AUGCACAAAACCUUAAGAUCUCUCUGCCUCUCCGGAAGACUAAACGAAGCCGUCAAAACCCUCUUCUGCAGCGGCUCCCCGAUCUCUCCUCCCACCUACUCUCUCCUCCUCCAGGAAAGCAUUCACCGGCGAGAGUUUCUGCUCGGAAAAGCAAUUCACUCCCACAUCAUAGCCACCGGAUUCACCCCAACCAAAUAUCUCAACACCAAGCUUCUCAUCCUCUAUACAAAAGCCGGCGAAUUGAAAUCCGCCCACCACCUGUUCGAUGAAAUGCCUGAUCCGAAUCUCUUUGCAUACAACGCAAUGAUCUCGGGCUUCGCGCACGAAGGCCUGGAGCGAGGAGGUCUUGAGCUAUACUACUCGAUGCGUGACAAUGGAGUAGAUCCUGAUCCCUUCACCUUCUCAUCAGUUUUCCAUGCGUGUGCUGGACUGGCUGCUCUGGAGCACGGCAGGCGAGCUCAUUGUCUAAUGAUCAAGAGGAAGGCGGUGGCCAAUGUGGUAGUUGGCAGCGCUCUCGUGGAUAUGUACUUCAAGUGCAGCAGUUUGGAUGAUGCACGAAGGGUGUUUGACGAAUUGCCUGACCGAAAUGUGAUUACUUGGACCUCUCUGAUUUCGGGUUACGGACUCCACGGGAAAGUAAGAGAGGUGAUUCAACUGUUUCAUCAGAUGGAAGAAGAAGGUUUCAGGCCAAAUUCAGUUACAUUUCUUUCUCUUCUCUCGGCCUGCAGCCAUGGCGGUCUUAUUGAUUCCGGAUGGAAGUAUUUUGUUUCCAUGAUCGAAGAUUACCGAGUCGCGCCGAAGAAGGAACAUUACACGGUCAUGGUCGAUAUGAUGGGACGAGCGGGGAAGUUGUAUGAGGCGUACGAAUUCAUACGUACCUCGCCUUGCGAAUCGCAUUCCACUGUUUGGGGAGCUUUGGUUGGAGCUUGCAGAAUCCAUGGGGAUGUGGAGAUGGUGAAGGUUGCAGCAAGCAGGUUUUUUGAGCUGAUGCCGGAGAAUGUCGGGAAGUAUGUGGUGGUUUCUAAUGCCUUUGCUGCUUCUGAGAUGUGGGAGAAGGCUGCUGAUGUUUGGGAGAGAAUUGGGAGGUUGGGGAUGAGGAAGGGGAUUGCUUGGAGUUCUGUGGCUUCAGGUAAGUAG